AUGGACACGGAGUCCAAGACGAUGUUUGCGGAGUUCAUCAUGCAGCCUAUCUGCAACCUCUAUGAGGCGGCGUACAAGUAUCUGGACGCGGAUCUGCUGGGCAAGAUGCAGCGGCAGAUCCCUGGGUGGAAGGACGUGGACCUGCAGAAGCUCUCCGCUGGCGCCACGGCGACGCGAGAGCUCAGCUCUCGAUGGCUGCCCUUUGGGGAGUGCAUUCUGGAGAUGGCAACAAGCCACCUCCCCAGUCCGGUCGAUGCGGCGCCGCAUCGUUUGCCCGUGUUGUGCCCCAAGUGGUUUGCACCGAAGCCCCUGCCCAAUGCCAUCGCGGAGGGCCUUCACAAGUGUGAUGCGGAGGCCACGCCCGUGGCCUACCUGGCCAAGUUCCUGUCGGCAGACCUCGCUCGUCUGGUCCUUACCGACGACACUCUGGUCGGGGACCAGGAUGUCGAUUUCGUCGGCAUCUGCCGCGUCUUCUCUGGCACACUGCGACCGCAGAGCCGGGUCUACGUGGGCCAAGACAAGCCCGACGAGCAGGAGCGCUGUCUUCAUGUGGAGCGGCUGUUUCAGCUGAUGGGUCGGAAUCUGCUGGAGGUCACCGAAGCACCGGCUGGGAGCAUCGUGGCCUGCCACGUGAGCUCUCCCGAUGGCGCCGAGCUGGGGGUGGAGAGGUUCCUAACACUCUGCGGGGCGGAGCGUGGACCCAACUUUGAAACGCCGUACAGCAGCCAGGCUUUCGCCAUCGUCAGGGUCAACCUGCAGCCGAGCCGCGUGGAGGAUCUCAAAGCCUUGGAGCGGGGUCUUCGCCUUCUGCAUCGUGCAGAUCCAUCCGUCAGCAUUGAGGCGAUGGUGACUGGUGAGAACGUCCUGGGCUGCUGCGGAGACGAGCAUCUGAAGCGUUGUACCCACGACCUGCAGAAGCUCUAUGCGCGGGAUGUCGAGUUUUCGGUCUCCACGCCGCUGGUGGCUGUGCGAGAGUCCAUAGCGAAGUCUGCACCUUGGCAAGAACGUUACUCCCAAGUCUAG